AUGCAAAAGGUUUUAAGAUUUCACUUUGGUGUCUUGUCUAGACCUAAAUUGCACAUUUUUGAUAAGGGUGCCAAACACACUCCAUCAGGAAUCAGAGCAACCAUACAUGGAGGUACUAGUUUCUCAGGAAUAUACAUGGGUGGCAUGCUUGGUAAUAUUGGGUCUGAAUUGAUAUUCCCUCAUAAUCAUCAAUACAAUUAUGAAGAUCAUGUUAGAGAAUUAAAAACUACAUCAGGACCAGGAUAAAAUUGGCUUUUACAUGAUAUGAAUUAUGAUAACAAAGAAAUGAUAGAGUGGACUAUGAAAAACUCAAAUGUGGUUGUAAAUUUGUUAGGUCCUUAGAAAACAUCUGAAAAAUAGAAAGGAUUUCGAGUGGAUUAAUUAUCACAGUGCCAAAAAGAAUAGCUGAAGCAUGCGCUAAAAACCCCAGGAGUGAUCAGAUUAAUUCAUUUUUCUGCUUGUGGAGCAAAUCCUCAUGCAGAAUCCCUAGAUCUCUAAACCAAGUAUAUUGGUGAAUAAGAAGUCCUUAAUGCCUUCCCCAACGCCACAAUCUUUAGACCAAGUGUUAUGGUUGGAGACAACGAUGACUUUGCUUAUCACUGGUAAGUGUAGAAGAGAUACUUUCACAAUUUUAACAUUGUUCCAGACAAUUGCCAAGCCAAAAGAUAACCUAUCUUUGUCUAAGAUGUAGCCUAAGCCAUGUUGAAUGCUUUGAAGAUGCCAGAAACAAUAGGUUAGACAUACGAAUUGGGAGGACCUCAUGUGUAUACAUUGUUAGAAUGCUAUGAGAUGUUCCACAACAUCGUGUAAAGACCUCCUAAAUUGGCUCAUAUUGAUAAAUAAUUAUUAUUGAAAAUAGCCUAAUAUAUUCCCAAUUGGAAGUAUUUCAAUAUUGAUUAUAUAUUGAAACAUGGUGAUGACAUGAUAGUGCAACAAGGAUCUAAGACUAUUGAUGACUUGUGUGUCAGACCUUUAUCACUAACUUAAGCACUUCAAAAUAUCUUUUGGGACAUCCAGGCUCGUUACGGAGGCUCAAGUGAAUUGUAUGAAAGAUGAAUUCAUAUCUAAUAAUAAGUUAUCGAAAAUAAUCAUAAUAA